GUCUCUUCACGCGCGGGGUUUUGAGGGUAUAUGCGCGAGGUGCAGAUGUUGGCGGUUUGAAUAGAGGAGAGGAAGGAGAGCCGUGGACCUGCGCCCUCCGAGCUGAAGCACUUAACGCAUCCAAAGCAAAAUCUCUGCUGACAUGGACAAACUUGAUAUGGAAGUGAAGGAGCUGAAUAAGCGUGCAUCAGGUCAAGCGUUUGAGGUCAUCCUGAGCCCUUCGACGCCAGACGCCAAGGGAGAGCUUCCAUUCUCCCCCAUCAGGAAAAAAGAAAUGUCACUGGAUGAGAUUAAAUGCAAGCUAGAAGCUGCAGAAGAGCGACGCAACAGCCAGAAAGCUGAAGUGCUGAAACAAUUGGCUGAGAAACGAGAACAUGGGAAGGAAGUUGUCCAGAAGGCCAUGGAGGAAAACACCAACUUCAGCAAGCUGACUCAAGAGAAACUGGCUCAGAAGAUGGAGGCCACCGUAGAGAACCGCAACGCUCGGAUGGCGGCGCUCUCCGAGAAGUUCAAGGAGAAGGGCAAGAAGAUUGAAGAGGUGAAGAAGAACAAGGAAGCGAUGACGGAACGGGGCAUUUGAUUGGUUCAUGCUCUUUUAAGCAGUCUUUACAUCUUCAAAAAUAAGCUAUAUUUUUUUAUAACAGAUCCUUCAUAUUGGCUUAGAUCAGAUUACACUGUUUAGUUUAACUUAGUGGUGCUGGCUAGAACUGGUCUGUUAGAUUUAGUCUGGUUUUUCUGUUACUGUAUAUUUCUCUUUGGCAGCUGAUUCCACGGUUUUCUUUCUCAAGAGGCGUUUGUCGUAAAUAUGUCCUCAUCCUUUUUACUGUUGAAAGUCUUCCUUCAUGGUUGUAAAUGGUGAAUGAUUAUGAAGACUUUAAAAGACUGCGCGAUGCUGUACCCGUGUUUGACUUUUUUUAUUAAAAUAUAUCUACAAUUGAACUUUUC